AUGGCUACGAGAUUGUCAGAUUUCAAACUUGAAGAGGUACUUUCGACUAAUGCACAGACGAAAUCGGUAAUUCUACUGGGUACUAUAUCUGAUUCGGCUGCGUUGGUAACGAUAUCUCGCGCCCAGAUCCCAGAUGUGUCCAAAGGGCUCCCUCUAGAAGAAGUCAAGCUCCUGGAAAAUAACGAUAUUUACUCUUGGGCCCUAGCUACAAUGAAGCAAAAUCUUGAGGAUGCGCCCGCAGCCAAGGUAGACGUGAUAUGGCCGGCUACUGAAACCCAUAUCGCCAAAUACAGGCCCUCAAAGACGCGCUGCAUUGUCGAGACAAUGGAAAUGUACAAUACUGUGGUGCGGCCGUACAUUGACUCUAUGUUGGGUGAUCGCAUACAAUGGGUAAAAGCAAUUCUAUUCGACGGGGCAGAAGCAGACCGUGUUAUUUACCGUGACAACGAUGUCGAGACGGGCUUCGUCUUACUGCCGAAUUCCAAAUGGGACGGCAAGUCGAUUGAAUCGCUUUACUUGCUCGUGCUCGUUAUUCGCGAGGAUUUAAGAUCAAUUCGUGACCUUACCACCGAGCACCUCCCACUUCUUCAAAACAUUAAGGAACAAGUUACUAGACAAGUCAAAGAGCGUUAUAAUCUCGAUCCCUCAGAGUUGAAACUCUACUUCCACUACCAACCUUCUUAUUAUCAUCUCCAUGUGCACGUUGCGAAUGUCUCGAUGGAUCAAAGCGAUUUUGGCCGGUCGAUCUUAUUCGACAACGUCAUAGAUGCUAUCAAUCGAGGAGGGUUCGAAAAUAUAAGCUACAACAUCUCAGAGAGCCACAAGCUGUGGGGUUCUUUCAAAGAUCAGAACCUUAUCUGA